AUGCUCGUCCAAAGCCUUCUCUCCUCUUCCCUUCUUCUGGCCGUCGCCCAAGCUGGCCCAACCGUCACCGGUCAAGGUCUCGCCAAGCGUGACGGUUUCCCGGUCUGUGAUGACACCUCCAGAACCUACGAAGGUCCUUACACCGACGGCGAAGGAACUUACGUGACUUCCGACCGAACCACCCAUCCCUACAAAUUCCCCAAAGUCCGCAAAUGCUGGUACGACUACUUCGUGCUUGAGACCUCAAAGGAGCAUACCCCAUGGCAGAAAGCCUCCGGCGACAUUUACUGCACCGGCACCCAAGUCUGCACUGCCACCAAGCUCGUCGGAAAAGAGGUCUGCCAGGAGCGAUCUGACAGCGUCAGUGUCAGCGUCGGCGGUGAAAUCGAGGGUUUCAGUCUUGGUCUUGAUUUCACUACUACGGAAUCUGAGUCUAAGUGUGUUCAGGCCCAGGACCUGACUGCUUGCACUUGGGAUGAUGGAGCUUGUCAUACUGUUUGGACCCAGCAGCAGGUCAUGAGGCAGAAGGGAUAUCGUCGACAGAGAUGUAACUGGGGCAAUGGGGAUGAGACUCAGUGCAUGGAUAACUGGGAGCAGACUACGCCCUCUGACUUCAUUGACUAUGGUUGUGGAUCCAAGUGCAUUGAUACGAAUGAGUGUGGCAACACUGAUGGAAAGCCUUGCUCUAAGUAA